CAAGUCCAAGCUCGCAUUCAGAUUCGAACAGAAGCCCGUUUUUCGUCGUCGUCGUCGUCGUCAUCUGCCUUCUCCCUCUCCUACCCUUGCGAUUGGGGCCGCGCCAGAACCUUAAUACUGUGUUGUCGGCGGCGAUGGCAGCUUUCCAUGUGUAAGGAACAGACCCAUAUCUUUCUUCAACCUCAUAUUUUCAAGUAUCAAUCAUGUGGCACUGCUUGCGCUACAACAAAUUCUUUCCAACUUCAUUCCAUGGCCCAAUUACCAAUCUUCCUCUUCGUUUCAUCUUCGCCGUUGAUUCUUCUGUUCAAUCCUACACCGUUACGCCGCCGAUCAAGCCCUGGCCGCAGCGUCUCUAUCCCAAGCGCCUCGUUGCUAUGAUCAUUCGCCAACAGAAUCUCGACCUCGCCCUUCAAAUCUUCCACUACGCCGGCAAAUAUCAUCCCGGAUUUUCCCAUAAUUACGAUACUUAUCAUGCGAUCAUUCAUCGUCUCUCUCGCGCUCGAGCUUUUGAGCCUGUCGAGUCUUUGCUUGGGGAAUUGAAGAAUUCUGGUAUCAAUUGCGGUGAGGAUUUGUUCAUUUCUGUGAUUAGAAACUAUGGGCUUGCGGGCCGGCCGAAAAUGGCUGUGAAAAUGUUUCUACGUAUUCAAACCUUCGGUGUUCGACGCUCGGUGAGGUCGUUGAAUACGUUGCUCAAUGCUUUGGUGCAGAACAAACGGUUUUCUUUGGUACAUUUGUUGUUUAAGCAUUCGAGAUCCAAAUUUGGGGUCGUGCCUAAUGUGUUUACUUGUAAUAUUUUGAUCAAAGCGCUUUGCGAAAAGAAUGAUGUCGAGGGUGCACGGAAGGUGUCUGACGAAAUGCCUGCUAUGGGUAUGGUUCCAAAUGUGGUUACUUAUACUACAAUCUUAGGUGGUUAUGUCGCAAGAGGCGAUAUGGUAAGUGCCAAGAGAGUUUUUGGUGAGCUUUUUGAUCAUGGUUGGCUUCCUGAUGCGACUACUUAUACAAUUUUAAUGAAUGGGUACAUUAAGCUAGGUAGAUUCACUGAAGCUGUUAAGGUGAUGGAUGAAAUGGAAGAAAAUGGAGUUGAGCCAAAUGAUAUAACUUAUGGAGUCAUUAUUGAAGCUUAUUGUAGGGAGAAGAAGUCUGGCGAAGCACUUAACCUGCUUAAUGAUAUGCUUGAAAAGAAGUAUGUACCAAGCUCAGCACUUUGCUGUAAGGUGAUCGAUGUUUUGUGCGGCGAGGGGAGGGUAAAGGAAGGCUGUAAGCUGUGGGGGAAGCUUUUGAAUAAGAACUGUACUCCGGAUAAUGCUAUUACAAGUACCCUUAUUCAUUGGCUUUGUAAGGAGGGGAAUAUAUGGGAAGCAAGAGACUUAUUUAACGAGUUCGAGAGGGGAUCGAUUCCAAGUUUAUUAACUUAUAACACGCUUAUUGCAGGAAUGUGUGAGAUGGGGGAGUUGUGUGAAGCCGCUAGGUUGUGGGAUGACAUGUUGGAAAAGGGUUGUAUGCCUAAUGAAUUUACUUAUAACAUGCUGAUAAAAGGAUUUCUUAAAGUUGGUAAAGCUGAGGAAGUGAUUGAAGUAGCGGAGGAGAUGUUGGAUAAGGGAUGCUUGCCAAAUGAGUCAACUUACUCAAUUUUGGCUGAAGAGCUCCUCAAAUUGGGAAAAGAAGGAGAGUUCUUGAAUAUUCUUUCGAUGUUCGUCUCGAGCGGAGUUGUAGACGAUAAAGCCUGGCAUCUAUUUGUACCCAAGUUUGUUUGCAAUAUGGACGAACAAGCAAAUAUGCUCGAGAAAAUAUUGAUUGAAACUUGAGAGUUCUGGUCGUUUGCUUGCUCCAGAUUGAUUGGUGUCUCAUCUCUGAUGAACAGGGCGGCAGAGUGCUAUUGAGGUAUACCCUUUAGAACAUGUUUGAUGAAUGUUUUACCUGCACGAUUGUACAUGCAUAUGUCGAACUUGAGGCUGUUCUGCCGAUGUGCCGAUCUGCCGUUGGGGGUCUCUUCAAGGUACUUCCAACGGAAUAUAAGUUGUGCUUGUGUUUUUAUAAGAUACUGUGACAUAUUCGAUGUGUAAGAUAUUAUAUAUGAAAUAGCGUUACUUAUUGUAAAUUUAGGUCUCUGCUCACUGCUAUGCUAUGAAUUAGGUAGGUUUUUAAGUUGGAUGACCUCUCUUUUAAGUAUCUCCAUUGUCAUGAGGUCAGGGAAAGUACCGCUAACCCGUCUUCGAUUUUGACCAGCCCGACAAAUUCUCGAGGCCGACCUCUUGUACAAUGUCGAAGGGCGAGACUGAGGUCUCUCUGGCCCAGUCUUCCUCCCCUUCCACGCGUAUUAGAAGCAUGCGGGUUGAGUUCAGAAACCUUCAUUGGGCAUUGUUUAGUGUGGCAGACUUACUUGGCUGAUUUGGAGUCAAUUUUUGCACCUGAUUGAACUAGUUUUUAUUCAGUGAACCUUGGAGCUGUGUUCAACUUGAUUGUGAGGCAGCUCUUGUAGGAUCAUUUGGAAUACCGUGAUUCUUAUCGAUGCAUGUGAAAGCUUUGGCAUCAACCAGAAUCCAUGGCCACCUAGCUACUCAGUUGGAGAGCAACCAGGAAAGGCAUAGGCCAAGACACCCGAAUGAGUGAACAGUUGAAGGUGCAGUGAGUUUCUUCUAAAUCUCUGACAAGGAAAAAUGUCAUAGUGAAGAUGAACAAUGAUUUGACAUGGAUUAAAAAAUCUGCCUCUUUUCUAAUAAUUACUUUUUCCAAAUAAUUUUUCAUGC